AAAGUGAGUAAGUGGCAUACACAUACAAAAACAGUACUAGGAGCUUACACACAAGACUCUGAAAGAGAACAAGCAAGUAGAAUCUUAGCUGGAUGCAAGAACACACACUCCCCAAAAUCUACUCCCCUUAUUCAAACCACCAUCAUCAUAAAUUCAACCUUUUCACACACAUGGUUACUACCUUUUCAACAUUUUUCAACACUAACAAGUAAAGUAGUACUCCCUAACACUGUACUAACACUGUAAUACACUUUCACCUCUUCUUCACCUCUUCUUCCAUUACUACUUCUCCCAUUUUCUUCUCUCUUCAAAGUUAAACCCUCAUUCAUUCAUUCACUUCAAACAACACUAACAAAAAUGAAAACCUUGUUCUUAUCCUUUUUGUUUAUCUUCUUAUUCUUCUUCUCCCCACAAGCAUCUCAACAUUUUCUCUUUCACAACAACAAUAGAAGAAUCCUUCAUGAACCCUUUGUUCCAUUAAACUCUCUCCCUCCAUCUCAACCACCAAAAUCACAACAACCACAACCACUUCAUUCUCCACCUUCAACCUCAAACACCAAACACCCAUUUUCCACUACCAUUCCCACUGACUACAACAACCCAAAUCAAGACCAAAACCCAAACCAAAACCCAAACCCAAACGAAUCACCAUUUUUCCCAAACUACCCUCUUUCACCGCCACCACCAUCCCCACUCACUUUUGCUACAUUUCCAGCAAACAUCUCUGCCCUAAUACUUCCUCACACCCCCCAACCAGCUUCCUCAUCUAACAAACUCCUCCCUAUAGCACUCUCCGCUACUGCCAUUGCUGCUGUCGUUGUUACCGUCUCAGCUUUCCUUUACUUCCGCCGACGUUUCCAUAACCGUCGGACUUCCAUCGACAACAAAACCCUAAGAUCUGACAGUAGCCUUGAGCUUUUCCCGCGCAAUGUCGAAACCGCCGGCGAUGUUGCCGGAAAUGCUUCCGAUUUUCUCUACCUCGGAACAGUUGUUAACUCGCGCCGAAUCGAUGAAGCUCCUCGCGGUGGAAGUUCGGUGUCUCGGAAACUUGAAUCGCCGGAGCUCCGUCCUCUUCCGCCGUUAGUGCGGCUUCCCGCACCUCCACUACCACCGCCGAAGAGUGACGAGAGCGACUCAGAUGAAGAAGAUGAGGAAUUUUACUCGCCGAGAGGCUCCUCUCUUGGCGGCCUAGAAAGCUCCGGAGGAACCGGUUCAUCUUCCCGGCGAGUGUUCUCCACCAUUGCCGCCGUAAGAAGCGGCGAAUCAAGCUCAAUUUCAUGCUCUUCUGCUUCUUUCGGUUCGCCGGAGAAUUCUCUUUCCGUCAGUCUGUCACCGCCGGCGAGUUCCAGUCCCCGGAGAACACGACAAAAAUCACCUGAAACCACACCAUCACACAACACCGUUACCACUACCUCAUCAGUAAUUCACAACCAACACGUGCAAUUCAGUUCUUCUUCAUCACGUUCAACACCAGAGAGAGAUUUUGAUGAAGAGAAAGAUAAAGAAAAAGAAAAGGCUUCUUCUAUAUCAACAAAUGCACAUUCAAAAUCAUCAUCAUUGUCAUUACAAGAGAGAUUUAUGGAGAACAAUGAGAAUGCUUCUUUAUCAGAACAACCACAAAGGCAAUCUAAUGCUUCAUCUUCAGUUUUUUCUCUUCCUUCUUCACCUGAGAAAAUGAUGCAUCAUCAAGCUUUUGAUCAAUCUCCGAGAAUGUCAAGUGUUUCGGACGGGUCAAAGUUACAUGGUCUGUCGUCAUUGCCUCUGUCACCCGCCCUACUUUCAUCGCCGGAAACCGAGAGAGGAGGGUUUAGCUGCAAUUCAAACCGAUGGGGAACAUUUUCUUAUGCCGUGCCUGCGCCACAGAGGAAGCAUUGGGAGAUUCCGCAUCCUGCGAAGCCAAUUGCUUCACCACCACCUCCUCCUCCUCCUCUGCCGCGGCCGCGGCAGAGGAGGCAUUGGGAAAUGUCAGCAACCUCGGCAAUUGUUGAUCAGCCUCGAUCUAGUUUGAUGCCACCUGAGUUACUACCUCCUUCGAGGCCUUUUGUGUUGCAAAACCAAACAAGCAAUGAGUGUUUAAGGGAAAUUGAAGAGAAUUCGAAACCUAAAUUGAAGCCAUUGCAUUGGGACAAAGUGAGAACAAACUCUGACCGUGAAACGGUGUGGGAUCAGAUGAAUUCCAUGUCGUUUAAAUUGAAUGAGGAAAUGAUUGAGACAUUGUUUGUAGUGAACACAUCAAACCAAAAACCCAAGGAUGCUGCUCCAUGGUCUGUUCUUCCCCUGCCAAAUCAGGAUGGAAGAGUACUAGAUCCGAAAAAGUCUCAAAAUAUUGCAAUCUUGCUCAAGGCUCUUAAUGUCACAAUAGAAGAAGUGUGUGAAGCACUUUUAGAAGGUAGUAGUGAUACACUUGGCGCAGAACUACUUGAAAGCUUGUUAAAAAUGGCACCAAGCAAGGAAGAAGAGUGUAAAUUGAAGGAACAUAAAGAUGACUCACCAACUAAGCUUGAUCAUGCUGAGAAAUUUUUGAAGGCAGUGCUUGAUAUACCUUUUGCAUUUAAAAGGAUCGAAGCAAUGCUUUACAUGGUCAAUUUUCAAUCUGAAGUAGAGUAUCUUAGAAAAUCAUUUCAAACUCUAGAGGCUGCCUGUGAAGAACUGCGGAAUUGUAGAAUGUUCUUGAAGCUUCUAGAGGCUGUACUUAAAACUGGGAACCGCAUGAAUGUGGGAACAAAUCGUGGUGAUGCAGAGGCCUUCAAGCUCGAUACACUUCUAAAAUUGGCUGAUGUAAAAGGUGCGGAUGGGAAAACCACUCUACUUCAUUUUGUCGUACAGGAAAUUAUUAGAACUGAAGGCGCUCGUCACUCUGGUACUUAUCAAAUUACAAGCUCUACUUUAACCGAGGAUGUUCAGUGUAGGAGACUAGGCCUACAAGUUGUGUCCAAUCUGAGUUCAGAGCUAUCAAAUGUAAAGAGGGCUGCUACUAUGGAUUCCGAAGCUCUCAGCGGCGAUCUCUUUAAACUUUCCAAAGGAACUACAGAUAUAGCUGGAAUUGUGCAGUUAAUCGAAAAGCUGGGGUCUGAUGAAAGCAGCCUGAAAUUUACAGAAUCAAUGAACAAAUUCAUUAGAAUGGCUGAGGAGGAAAUUCUGAAAAUUCAAGCUCAAGAAAGUGUUACUAUGACCCUUGUGAAGGAGAUUACUGAAUAUUUUCACGGAAACUUAGCAAAGGAAGAAGCUCAUCCAUUCAGAAUCUUCUUAGUUGUAAGAGAUUUUGUAGCCGUUCUUGACAGGGUCUGCAAAGAAGUUGGUAUGGUAAACGAGCGGACUGCGGUUAGUUCAGGUCAUAAAUUUCCUAUUCCGGUUAAUCCAAUGCUUCCGCAACCUCUUCCUGGAUUAUAUGGGAGGAAAGAUUGUAGUAACUCUUCAGAUGAUGAAAGUCCAUCACCUUAGCUAAAUGUAUUCUGUUUAUGUAGAUUAUAUAGAGAAAAAUGAGAGUAGGAUAUGUACCAUAACUCUAUAAGGUUGUAGUAGCUUGUAAAUAGAGCUUUUCAAUUUGGAGAGAAUCUUUGUUAUCAAUUGGGAUUAACAAACAAUCAAACUUCAAAAUGUUGUUUUGCAAAA